AUGUUAAGAAAGAGAAUCUUUGAAAAAGAUGACAAAACAUCUGAAGAAAAUCUUACACCUGAUGACAAUGAACAAACACUUUCACCUGAUGACAAGCUCAAAGCGAUAAUUUUAUUGCUGAUGCUUGUCUCAAGUACAGAAACUGAAGAAGAAAGAACCGGAAAGGAAAAAUUUGCAACAGCAAAAGCAAUUUGUUAUGACAGAGAUGAAGAGGAAUUGACCGAAAAUGUUCUUUGGAAAGCAAACUCAUCGGGAUAUGAUAGCUAUUUUACUGAUGUUAAAUGUAUGCUGAUGAAUCAACAGAGUAAGUUUAACAAGGAAGCUUAUUUCAAGGAAUUAAAGAAAAUUAUUUCAACAAAGUAUAAUGUUGAUAUCAAAAAUGGUUAUUAUUGUGUUUAUUAA